AUGGCCGCGUUCGGCAAAUCUUGGCCGCGGAUUGGCCCCUUUGAGCCGCGGCGGCCGUCAUCGGCGUUUGGAAUCCGGGGCCGGAACCUGACAGCCGCCGGAUUGGCGCUGGUGUUGCAGAAGUGGUCCAAGGGAAAGGUCAAGGAGAAGGUGAACAACAUGGUCGUCUUCGACAAGGCGACGCACGAGAAGCUGAUGUCGGAGGUGCCCACGUACAGGAUGAUUACUCCCUCUGUGCUGUCUGACCGGCUGAGGAUAAACGGCAGUCUGGCACGUGCCGCGAUCAGGGAUCUUUUGGAGAAGGGUGUCAUCCGUGAGGUCUCUGUCGAUGCCACUCAGAAAAUCUACACCCGGGCCACCAACAAGUGA